ACGGUGUUAUUAAUUUAUUUUUUCUCAAAAGCAUUUAUAUAAUUUUUUUAAAAAAACAAAGUGUUAUUCACCCUAUUGAUAAUAUACAGCCGCCGACCCUCACUCUCUUUAGACGAGGGUUUAAGCCGCUCCUCUCUGUUCCAACAUCGCCGUCGCAAGAAUAGGAAGGAAAUAUGGUGCAGUAUAAUUUUAAGAAGAUUACUGUGGUUCCAAAUGGGAAGGACUUCAUUGACAUCAUCCUUUCUCGCACUCAAAGGCAGACUCCGACUGUUGUUCAUAAGGGGUAUGCCAUUUCCCGUCUUCGUCAGUUUUAUAUGCGGAAAGUGAAGUAUACCCAACAGAACUUUCAUGAAAAGCUUUCCACAAUCAUUGAUGAGUUCCCUAGACUGGAUGAUAUCCAUCCAUUUUAUAGUGAUCUUCUUCAUGUUCUCUACAACAAAGACCAUUACAAGCUUGCACUUGGGCAAAUCAACACCGCAAGGAACCUUAUUAGUAAGAUUUCUAAAGAUUAUGUCAAAUUGUUGAAGUAUGGGGAUUCGCUUUACAGAUGCAAAUGCCUGAAGGUUGCCGCUCUUGGCCGCAUGUGUACUGUGAUAAAAAGGAUUGGCCCUAGUUUGGCUUACUUAGAGCAAAUUAGACAACAUAUGGCAAGGCUACCUUCAAUUGACCCCAACACCCGAACCAUUUUGAUUUGUGGGUAUCCUAAUGUUGGCAAGAGCUCAUUCAUUAACAAGAUUACUAGAGCAGAUGUGGAUGUCCAACCUUAUGCUUUUACCACAAAGUCACUCUUUGUGGGUCAUACAGACUAUAAAUACCUGAGGUAUCAAGUUAUUGAUACACCAGGUAUUUUGGAUCGUCCUUUUGAAGACCGCAACAUAAUUGAGAUGUGCAGUAUCACAGCUCUGGCACAUUUGAGAGCUGCUGUAUUGUUCUUCUUGGACGUCUCGGGGUCUUGUGGCUAUAGCAUUGCCCAACAGGCAGCACUUUUUCACAGUAUCAAGUCAUUGUUCAUGAACAAACCCUUGACUAUAGUCUGCAAUAAAAUUGAUUUGCAGCCUCUGGAGAGCAUUCCUGAGGAAGACAUGAAGUUGGUCAUGGAGAUGAAAGCUGAAGCCAUGAAGACUGUGAUUGGUCAAGGAGGUGAGCCUACAAAUGACGAAGAUGUUCUGUUGAGUAUGAGCACUUUGACUGAGGAUGGGGUGAUUGCCGUAAAAAAUGCAGCUUGUGAGAGGUUAUUGAAUCAGAGGGUGGAAUUGAAGAUGAAAUCCAAAAAAAUUAAUGACUGCCUGAACAGGUUUCAUGUAGCAAUACCAAAGACACGUGACCAGAAGGAAAGGCCACCUUGUAUACCUCAGGCUGUUUUGGAAGCCAAGGCAAAGCAAGCAGCAGAGAAGGUAAAUAGGAAAACGGAAAAGGAUUUGGAAGAGGAAAAUGGAGGCGCAGGUGUGUAUUCUGCCAGUUUGAAGAAGAACUACAUCUUAGCCAAUGAUGAAUGGAAGGAAGAUAUAAUGCCGGAAAUUCUUGAUGGACACAACGUAUAUGAUUUUGUUGAUGUUGAUAUAUUACAAAGGCUUGAAGAGCUGGAACAAGAAGAAGGACUACGACAGGCAGAGGAAGAUGAUGAUGAUUUUGAGAUGGAUGGGAAGGAACUGACUCCAGAAGAGCUAAGGGCAUUGGCUGAGAUCAGGAAAAAGAAAACCUUGCUCAUUCAACAGCAUAGGAUCAAGAAAAGCACAGCAGAAAGUAGGCCAACUGUACCAAGGAAAUUUGACAAGGACAAGGAAUUCACAACAAAGAGAAUGGGGAGACAGCUAUCAGCUUUGGGGCUCGAUCCAAGUUUGGCGAUUAACCGAGCCCGGAGCAAGUCCAGAGGCCGGAAGAGGGAGAGGUCGCUUGACAGGGGAGAUACUGAUGGUGAUGUUAUGGAUAUGGAUGUGGACACACCCAACAAGAAGCAGCGCCUGAGGUCUUUGUCCAGAUCAAGGUCAAGGUCAAGGUCAAGGCCACCAACUGAAGUUGUUCCUGGUGAGGGCUUCAAGGAUGUUGCACAAAAGGGCAAGGCACUGAAACUUGCAAAGAAAUCCGUCAAGAAGAGGAACAAAGAUGCUCGUCGUGGAGAGGCAGAUAGGGUAAUUCCAACUUUGAAACCAAAGCACUUGUUCUCUGGAAAACGCUCAACUGGAAAAACUGAUAGGCGCUGAAAUGUUUUGAGCAGGUACAUUUAUAUUUUCUAGAGACAGUUAUUCUAAACCUUUGGACUGUGCUUGCUGUGGAGAUGGUACUUUGUUUUUUCCUUCAUGGAUUGACUGGAGAUUGCAAGCAUGUGCGACCUUGGCAACAGAGAUUCACAGUUUUUUUUUUUUCUUUUUUAUAGCAUAUUUGUUGAGGCAAUUUUGGAUCUGUGUACCGCUUUUAAUGUUUUGGAACCCACUUUACGUUAUAUUUUUGUAUUUUGCUAGCAUAUUGAGAUGAUGGGAAGCGAGUUUGAUUUAAUCUUCAAAUUAUUUGUUUCUUUA